CAGAGAUUUUUGCAGGGAAGAUACAUCAGUCAAACGCACCAAUGAAGGGUUUAUGUGUUAGUUACGUUGACUGGAACCUUGUUGGGAACCAGGAGGACCACAAGUCACAAGGUCUGUGCUCCGAACGCCUGGUGGUUCGAAGAGGAAAACCUUUCAGGAUCACACUGUUUUUCAAAGACAAGCCAUUCGACCCCCGCACAGAAUCUUUGAUCUUCAAAGCCUUGCUAGGUGAACUUUGUGUUGAAAUCCCUGCAACGUUCUCUCAGCCAACAUCAGAUUCUACAUGGGGAGCCCAGAUCAAGUUGGGAAAGACUGUCUACCAUUCUGUCACAGUCCAGAUUUCCACUUCAUCAAAAGCACCUGUUGGUCUCUAUAACCUCCAACUUAAUAUUCAGUCCCAGUUUGGGUUUCAGAGUUGUUUUCUUGGAGGAUUUAUUCUGCUCUUCAACCCCUGGUGUAGAGCUGAUAGAGUAUUCCUCCCCUCUGAAGUCCAGAGGCAGGAAUAUGUGAAAAAUGACAUGGGUAUGUUGUUCAUGGGAACAUCUGAUAAUGUACAAUCAAGGACCUGGGAUUUUGGCCUGUAUGAACAAAAGAUUCUGGACAUCUGCCUCAAAAUUCUAGAUAUCAGCCCACAGCACAACAAAAAUAAGAAUAAAGACUACUUGUGUCGCUCCGACCCUGUCUACCUGAGCCGGGUAGUUUGUGCAAUGAUCAAUUGCGAAGAUGACAAAGGAGUGCUGAAGGGCAACUGGUCUGGAGAUUUCAGUAAGGGUGUCUCCCCCUCACAAUGGACAGGAAGUGCUGCCAUUUUGAAAUUGUGGGAUAAGACACAGUUCAGCCCCGUGCUGUACGGCCAGUGCUGGGUCUUUGCUUCCGUUAUGUGCACAGUUAUGAGGGUCCUGGGCAUUCCAACGCGAGUGGUUACCAACUUCAACUCUGCUCACGACACCGACGGCAAUCUCAGUGUCGAGGAGUAUUACAGCGAAACAGGAGAAAAGCUGCCUCAAACUGCGGACAGCAUAUGGAACUACCAUCUGUGGGUGGAAUGCUGGAUGACACGGCCUGACAUUGGGGUGGGAUUUGACGGAUGGCAGGCACUAGAUCCAACUCCACAGGAGCGAAGUGAUGGGAUAUACUGCUGUGGCCCAUGUCCAGUGAAAGCAGUCCGGGAAAAGCGAGUAGAUCUGUUCUACGACAUCCCAUUCAUUUAUGCGGAGGUCAAUGCUGACGUGCACACAGCUGUUGUCAGGAAUGGGAAGGUGCUCACGUGGAAGGUGGACACUGAUAGGGUUGGCUCUCUGAUCUGUACUAAGUGUGUGGACGGCAGUUCUCCACAGGAUAUCACCAACACCUACAAGAAGGCCAAAGAUAACAUGUCAUCAGCUGGGUCAAAUUGUGGAUCUGUUACGUCACAGCCUUCAGCAAACACGCAGAGGCAAAAGCAGACUUUGGGUGUCUCCCUGAAGCUGAGCAAAGUUCCAGUAGCCGGUGAAAACAUCUCCUUCUCUGUCACGGUCACCAAUAAAGCUAAUUUCACAAGGAUUGUUGGGGAACAUGUCAAUGCCCAAGUCAAGGAGUAUAACCGCAGCCCAAUGGAAACGUUCUGGGAAGCUUCUCAAAGGCUUAAGCUUGGACCACGUGAAGUUGCUGUUAUACAGCACUCAAUUCCUUAUGCCCAAGCCAUGAGAUUUCUCCUGGGGGACAACUUGGUGAAUCUUGCUGUUGUGUUGAGGGAUGAUGUCACAAUGGAAAGGGUGUUGGAAUAUGAGGAGUUUAACAUCUCCACCCCACAGAUCUCUAUUCAGAUCGACGAUGAAGAUGGCGUCCUGGAGAACACAAAGCACACUGUGCUUCUGAGCUUCCAUAACUUCUUCCCGGUUGCUGUGACUGGGGUCCUCAGAGUCUCUGGUCCUGGUUUAACCCAGGAAGAGGAGACAUCAAAGGCGUAUCUCCUGAAAGCGGGAGAAACAAGACAGCAGGCCAUCACAAUCUGCCCCAAGACGGCCGGUGCGAAGAUGCUGCAGGCCAGCUUGAAGCUGAGCAACAACCACACGGUGCUGCGAGGCUCUAAAACGAUCAACGUGAAGGCAGCUUAGACGCUGUCAGGCUCCGACUCCAGGGCUGAAUCGAUAGCUUGUGAAUGUGUCAGUGCUGUGUGAUGAAACAGACAACAAAGCUGCUUCAGUGAAAAAAUAGUAUUUAUUAGUAUUAUUUAUUAAUUUUGUCAGUAUAGUGAAACAUGUUCCACAUGCUGAUCAUUAAUCAGUGUGUUAUUAGUGUUGAUUUUAGAAAGUGCAAUUAUAUACUGUAUUAUAAACUAAAAUAAAAAUAUUUUUUAUUUAA